AUGCAGCAAAACAACAGUAUCACUGAGUUCAUCCUCUUAGGAUUGACACAGGAUCCUAAAAAGCAAAAAAUGGUGUUUGUGAUCUUCUUCAUUUUCUAUGUGGGAACCUUGGGGGGCAAUCUGCUUAUCAUUGUGACCAUCAAGUCUAGCCAAACACUUGGGAGCCCCAUGUAUUUCUUCCUGUUUUAUUUGUCCUUGGUUGAUGCCUGCUUUUCAACUUCCAGCCCUAGACUAAUUGCAGAUUCUCUGUCUACAAAGAAAAUCAUAUCUUACAAUGAGUGUCUGACUCAGGUCUUUGUGCUGCAUUUAUUCGGAUGCAUGGAGAUCUUUGUCCUCGUCCUCAUGGCCAUGGAUCGCUAUGUGGCCAUCUGCAAGCCCUUGAAUUACCCAACCAUCAUGAGGCGCCAGGUCUGCAUCAUCCUGAUUGUUCUGGCAUGGAUAGGGUCUUUUAUACAUUCUAUGGCUCAGAUUAUCCUGGCCUUGAGAUUACCUUUCUGUGGAUCCAAUUUGAUUGAUCACUACUGCUGUGAUAUGCAGCCCUUGUUGAAACUUGCCUGCAUCGAUAUUUAUGUGAUGAAUCUCCUGGUGGCAUUUAAUAGUGGGGCCCUUUGUGCAAGCAGUUUUGUCAUACUGAUGAUCUCAUACAUUGUCAUCUUGCACUCACUGAGAAACCAUAGUGCAGAAGGGAGGAAAAAAGCUCUCUCUACUUGCACGUCCCAUGUCAUUGUAGUUGGCUUAUCUUUUGGUCCAUGUAUAUUUAUAUACACACGGCCCCCAACCACAUUCCCCAUGGACAAAAUAGUGGAAAUAUUUUAUACUAUUGGAACACCCUUCCUCAAUCCACUCAUCUACACCCUGAGGAAUGCAGAAGUGAAAAAUGCUAUGAGAAAGUUAUGGCAUGUCAGAAUUUAUUCAGAACACAAAAUAUGA